AGGAAAUCAUAUUUCUGGGAACACACGAGUUUGCCGUCACUUCUCCCCUAAUGACUCACUGUGAGCAAAGAUUUGUACGACUACAAAAAAGCAGCUACAUCUCAGAUAUUUGCAUUAAAAAGGAAAAAACAGCAGAGAAAUGAGGGGAAAAAGUUCUUUUACUGCACUUUUAUGGUCUCUCCUGCCACUGAGUUUGGCCAUACUGACUACAGCACCUAGAAUGAACGACCUCCCUCCUCCAACCAACAUCACUGUUACAAUGGAUGACAUGUUUAACGUUGCUUUCAAAUGGGAUAACAACGCUGCCAACUGUACCCCGAUGUACGAAGUUAGUGUUUCAGCCCUAGGUUCCUAUCCAAUUAAGACGACCAAAAGCAAGUCGUUUUGGAGACUGAAUAUUGACAAGUUGUCUGAUCUCAACAAUAACCUUUUAAUCGAAAUUCUGGCUUAUUGCAAAAACAGGAUAAGUCCAUUGGUCAAGAAAGAGAUGCCGUUGGUACCAGGUAAAGAAGCAGUGAAAAAUCUCAGCUGUUUUUGGCAGUUUACAGAAUAUAUAAACUGCACUUGGGAGCUCCGAGCAGACGCUCCACGCAACGUUCAGUAUAGAUUGCUUUAUUGGAAUGAAGGUACUAACUCUUUGCCUGAAUCCACACAGUUUGAAGAUUUAUUACGCACUGGAAAUGAAUGUCAGGAAUAUUAUACUUCUGGUGGAAUGCGUUUAGGAUGCAAGUUCACAUAUGAGUACAGCAUUAAAGAUCAUAAGAAAUUAAUGUUCGUGGUUACAGACACAUUGUACAGUGUAAGACCUUACUUCUACUAUACAGCAGUCAGACACAUAGCAAAGCUCAAAAGUCCAAAUAUAACUAAUGUGUCUGAACCAAUAAAUAAGGUUAUCCAUGUAACCUGGACUGCAUUAUCUGGUCUGGACCUACUGUUUGAGGUUCUGGUGUCCUCUGAUACAUGGAGUUUCCCACACAUGGUAAAUCGUGACACCCAUGUAACAAUAACCAUCCCUCACGCCGAUGACACAUUCAGAGUCAAAGUACGGGCUAAGUUAUCACGCAAUAUAGCUACAAGUGUAUUCUGGAGUGAAUGGAGUCAAGAAUGGAUCGUUCCAGGCAAAAACAAAACGACAACAUCUAUAUUGCUAUUCCUCCUGAUUCCUGCUGCUGUUCUUGUGGCUGCAGUCGUACUGCUUGUCUUUCUGAAAAGACUGAAGAUUUUGAUUUUCCCUCCAAUUCCUCACCCUGGAAAGAUGUUCCAAAAUGAUGUACAGCAUUGGCUCAGGGGUGACAGACCUGCAACUGUCUAUGAUCAACCACUGACUGAGGAAAUAACCGCGGUGACUGCACUUGAAGCUUAAAAAGACAUUCAAUUUUUGAUGCAGAGUCAAUUUUGGCUCUUCAUUUGGUGAAACGAAGGGCGUGAAGACAUCCUGUUGACGCUGCAGUCGCUACAUCCAAAGCGGAACCAUUAGAGCCACCAGUCAUAUUGAAUCGCACAGAAGACAGAAGGCCACUGGUAAAAAGAGUCUGUACUGUAAAGUUAAAGAGGACCUUUCAUGGGUCCAGACUUUAUAAGAGAAGUAGCACGUUCGGUAUGGCAUAAAGCAAGGAUAUAGUGCUUACUAUUAUUCCUGGGCGCCGCUCCUUUCGCCCGCUGUGCCCUCCGGUAUUUUCCCCGCUCAGUAUGCUAAUUACUAGCAUUGGAACAGGAAGGAGGAGACGCCAGGGAAAAAACCUCCCUGGCUGUGACGCUCUGCGCUGCGAUUGGACAGCGCUACAGCCAGGGAGAAGGAGAUGCCCACUGAGAAAGACUCGGUCUUCUCCUCAUUGUUGCGAUACCCCUCAUUAUAAUACAAGGUGCCAAAAUCAACGGUGGGGCCACAGCGGACGAACGGGGGGAUCUUUUGAAAAAAAAAAACU